AUGAAUGACUUGAGACACUUCUCUUGUGUUUCACUGUGUCUUAGAUCCAACAAGACAUGUUACAGCUACAUGUAUAACGCGACAUCCAGACAGUGUCAUCUGGGUUCCUGGGUAGUCCCAUCUCAUACUUUAAACAGCACCCUACAGGGAAAACUUUACACAGUUGGCAAAUACUGCAACACUAACAAAACAGUUUCCUUACAAUCAGAUGGCAAUCUAUCAUAUUGUGACCUUUGCUCUUGCACAGGGGGUUGCUUGAGUCUUGGAAAACUUGAUGUCCUAGGCCCUGUGACGUCUCCAGUGUACGAUUCCUGCCAGGAGGUAGUGACCUCUGACCCCCGACCUGUGGUGACCCUCACAUCCGGGCUAGUUGUCAUGUGUGACACAGUCUCUGACGGCGGUGGAUGGACCAUCUUCCAAAGACGUUUUUCCCCACUUUUAAGUUUUAACCGUGGCUGGGGCGAAUACAAAUACGGGUUUGGUAACGCAUCGAUGGGGGAAUUUUAUCUGGGGAAUGAAAAUAUCUAUUUCCUUAUGACUCAAAGGAAUCACGAGCUAAGAAUUGAUUUCACAGACGUCAUGAAUCAGACCUACUUCGCCCAGUAUUCCAGCUUUCAAAUUUUAUCUGAAUGUGACGACUACAGAAUGUUAAUCAAUGGAUUCACGGGGAACUGCGGUGACAGUUUGUCAUACCAUAAUAAUAUGAGCUUCAGCACAUAUGAAAGGGACAACGACAUAACAAGCACCAAUUGUGCUCGUGAUUAUCAGAGCGGGUUCUGGUUCCUUAAAUGUCUAACCGUCAACCUCAAUGGCGUGUAUGGGAAUCCGAGUUUCUAUGGUAUUUGCUGGUAUAAUCUUGAAAGAAUAACUUUCACGGAAAUGAAGAUGAAAUCAACGGGCUAG